AAAGACAAUUCUACCCAUCAUACCUUAACAGCCUGAUACUCAUACAGCCACGACGAUAUCCUGGCUUUCAAACGAUUUCGUCGAGUCUAAACUCGCCUCAGCCAUGGAGAAUGAUCGCAACCAAGUUAGAACGGUCGAUCCGUUUCUUCUACAAUAUCAGCCAUCUGAACUCAGGAUUGCCUCCGAAUUUCUCGCCACGUGGCAACCUUACCUCUGCAGAGAUCUUUGCCAGCACUGCACCGAAACCCUCGCCGAUCGUAUCCGUUCGCUCGACUCAGAUAUUGACAAUGGCAAAUCGGAAUGCUUAAAUUUGGACGAUAAUGAAGCUUGUUCAGAAAUUAUAAAUGAUACUUGCGACACAAAUUCUCUUGGAAGUUGGAAAGAUGCUGCAGAAAUUAGUUCACUGGCCAGUUGUGGAGAUGGGGCAAAUGGUUGUUCUGAGAAUAAGCCAGAAGCUUCAACAACUGGUGGAUUAACUUCUGGUUUGCCAACUCCACGGAUAUCCUGGGCUGACAUGGCUCAAGAAGACGAGCUUGAGGAAGGAGAAGAUUCAGAAGAACAACAUGAAUUGGAUGAGCCAGUGGUUGAUAUUAAUGUUUCAUCUGGGGAAUUGAGGAGUUCAGAGGUUCUUGUGAAGCCCCAGUUGUCCAGGGAACAGAGAGAGUACAUUCGGUUUAUGAAUGUAAAGAGGGAGAAGGAUUUCAUUUGUUUGGAGAAGAUUAAAGGGAAAAUAUAUAAUAUUUUGAAGGGACUUGAGCUCCAUGAGGGUGUGUUUAGUUCUGCUGAGCAGAAGAGGAUUGUUGACUAUAUUUAUGUACUUAAGGAGAAGGGGAAAAAGGGAGAACUAAAAGAGCUAACAUACUCAGCACCCCAAAAGUGGAUGAAGGGCAAAGGUCGUGUCACUAUUCAAUUUGGUUGCUGCUAUAAUUAUGCGAAAGAUAAGAAUGGUAAUCCACCAGGCAUUCUCCAAGAUGCCAUUGUAGAUCCUCUACCUCCUCUAUUUAAGGUGAUGAUUAGAAGGCUGGUCCGGUGGCAUAUACUUCCUCCUACCUGUGUGCCUGAUAGCUGUAUUGUCAACAUUUAUGAAGAAGGGGAUUGCAUACCACCUCACAUUGAUAACCAUGAAUUUGUUCGACCUUUUUGUACAGUAUCAUUUCUUAGUGAGUGUAAUAUUGUUUUUGGAUCAAACUUAAAGGUUGUGGGUGCUGGUGAAUUUACCGGUUCAAUUGCAAUCCCCUUGCCUGUGGGAUCUGUUCUUGUCUUAAAUGGAAAUGCAGCUGAUGUGGCUAAGCAUUGUGUGCCUUCAGUUCCUACAAAGAGGAUAUCAAUUACAUUCAGAAGAAUGGAUGAAUCAAAGCGACCUAUUGGGUUUGCACCGGAACCCGAUUUGCAGGGAAUUGAACCAUUGUCUUAUGACAUGGAGAAAGCUGUAAGUUUAAAUUGCCCUACAUCUGAUUCUCAUUCAAAAAGGCAGCCAAGAAGAGAGUGUACUGAGAAGGGAAGGGAACAUAUUGAGCGAAGUCAUGUCCAUGCAGAACCUCAAUACUUGAGUCGUUCUCGAAGAGGGCCUGCAAGUAAACAGAGGGUGAGGCCAAGCUUUGGCAGUUGAUUCAUUGAUAUUAUCAUCCAAUUAUGUGUUGGUCUAGCUCUGUAUAGCUGAAUGUCGGUUGCAGAUAUUUGGCUUCUUUCAGUUUGCUUGGAAGGUUUAUUUCAAGUGCAAAUCAGGUGUGUACAAGAAAAUGGGUGCAUGGUUGAGUGUUUAUUCCUUCAGUACACUGCUUGUGCUGGUGUAUUGCUACGGCAUGUAUUCAGAUUACAUUCUAUUAUCUGAUCAUUACACAACUUACUGUUAUAUGCUUGAUAAUCAUUUAUGUUGGGUCUGCAGUUGGUUUUAGGCUAAAAAAAAAAUAAUGCAAUGUGUACUUAUAAUGAGUUAUCAAUAAUAAUGUUUCAUCA